CAUAGACCUGAAGGGUACAAGAGUCUUGAUAGAAUAAUACAGAUCUGUAAUGUUGUAUGAUGUGUAUCUUAAUUCUGUAAUCUUGUAUGAUAUAUCUUGAUUCUGCCGUUUGUAACCGCAAGGCUCGUAUCGUACUUCUCGUUUUCUCAACUGCUGAUUCCUAACUGUUGUGCACGUACAUCCUGUUCUUGUGUUCUGCUGACUUGUAACUAUUAAGCAACAUGGUAUAUAUAUAUGAACGUUGGCAAAUAGUAAAACAGAGCGUACUUUGACGGCAUCUUGUGUGCAUGUAUUUUUUCCACACCUGACAAGACGCUCUCCUGGCCAGUACAAGCCUUAAGCCAAAUUGGACCUAGUACCAGGGGUACAGAAAAGACAGAGAACCAGUACCAGGGGUACUGAGUAGAUUAUAAAGUUAUACCUUUCAGCUGGGGGCUCAGUCCGGGGUCGAGAGGGUCAUCCUCCGGACCGGUAAGAACCAUAUCCUUGUGUGGUAUUGUCGACCCGGGGGGCACUGGCCACGUCUCGAUUCCAGUAAGUAUAAGAGUUAUUUUCAUAUCGUGUCUGGGACACAGUAUUACAGUACUUGCCUUCUGUUCAGGGAACAGGGGAAAUGAGGAACUAAGAGUAAUUUGACAAUCCAGGGUGGUUGUCUUGUUUCAAUUUGGCUUAACGCUUACAAAAAACUUCUUGUAUUUCUGUUUAGUUCUGUUUAGUGUUUUACUUGUAACUUCCUUUUUUUUCCCCUUACGCUUAAGAAGACACGUGAGUAUACUAACAUUGCUUUAAUGUAUAGAAUAAGGUGCAUAUAACUGUUAUAAUAAUAAUAAUAAUAAUAAUAAUAGUAAUAAUCUGCUGGUUCUCAAAACAUCUGUAAGACGCCCCACCCUCCCGGCUAGAGGUAACUUGUUGACCCGGGAUGUGGUGAAAGCAAGUGACAGUUUGUUCAGAGAUACCGUGCAUGCUCAGUGAUUGGUGCAAUUAAAUCAGAGAAUCCCUAAUCUGUUGAGAGGAAUUGUCGGAGCCAUCAGAGUUCAAUACAGCCAAAUCCAGAGAUUGAGGCUUUGCACCAAUUACUGAACAUGGGUUCCAAAUCAUCUAAGUCCUAUCCUCCUCCCCUUCCCGGUGAAACAUGUAAGGCUUAUGUGGCCCGAGUUAGCCCUACAAGAUGGGACUUAGUGAAUCCGUGGGUAGAUGAUAUAGUUGGUUGGUCAGAAUUCAUGAAGGACUCCAGCCCAUUCCCAAGGGAGGGGGCCAAUGAUAAAUACCACCUGACCCCCACUCUAACAACUACAUUUGUAAUCUCGAGAAGGGUAGAGAGCGUAUAUGGAGAGAAUUAAAAGAGGAACCAAAAUCAUCACUGCCUAUUGCUGUGGCAUGCAAACAAAAACUAGGUGAAACUGUUACUGAAUUUUGGGAAAGGUUCACAGCAUGUUGGCGUUAUGAUGCAGGGCUGUGUAAAUUGUUUGAUAGGAUUAGAGAUUGUUGUCAGAAAUAGAGACUCAACGAUUUGGUGGAGAAGCAGGUGAUUUGUGAAGGAGAAAGCAUGUGAAGCAGUGUGAGGAAUGUAGGAUGAGCAGAGCUGACACUGCUGGAAUAAAUGAAGUGAAGAUGAGUGUUCAAUGCUAUGGAAUGGAGUGAUGUGGUAAAUCGCUUGGAAAGCCCUGUGUAUGUGGUCAUAUGAUGGCGUUUAUAGGAUGGUUCUUAUGAUAUAAAGUAUGUUAUAUAUGUGUGAGGUGUAUAGAAUCAGGAGUGUAUAGAAAAUGACCAGUGAAUGUUUUCCCUGUGAAGCUGUUGUGUUGUAAUGAAAAUGGUGUUUAAUGAAAAAUCAUCAAAUAGUUCAAUUUAAUACCACGUGAAUAUAUUUUUCUUUUAUUUCUUGCCUUCACAGUAACACAGGGUUGAUGCCAAAAAAAAAUGAAAUGUAUCAGGAAAUGCGAUUAAUUGUCUGAUUAUAUUACAGGAGUAAUAACAGAAGAAAUUUGGCCAAGAAGAUAAAAUAAAUAUAAAAAGUGAUCACUAUUUAAUUGAUAAAUAUUACUUUAGGCAUUUACAAUCAAGCUAAUGGUUUACUGGAUUAUAAACAAUGCGCAUUGGAGAUAAUUAUUUUUCAAAUUUUUGAGAGAGCUGUGUACACUUAUUUUUAUAUCUUUGGUGAGAAUGUGGGCCCUGUGUGUUGUACGCUAAGUAUUUGUAAAUGUCGGUAUUGUUACAUGUUAUGUUUCUUGUAUGUCUCUUGAUGUUAUGUAACACUGUCAGUAACACAUGUGAUAAUAGAUGUUUCAUGGUGACUGACCAGAACUGGGGAAAGACAAGAAGCCAGACUCAAAGGGGCGGUGACUGGUGACACAGAGGUUUGGGAGGAGUAAGGCGGGGUUUACAGGGAGCAUGACAGCUUCUUCUUCGGAUCUGGUGCAAUUUUGUUUUUCAGGGGAUAUUAUGUUCAUAGCACCUGUAUACACAAUGCCCCGAGGGUGACCAUUUAACCUUCCCUUCCUUUCGCAUCAUACCUGAAUGCCCUGUAAACCUCCUGAGAAGAGACCUCAUAUGUAAACUCAAAUUACAUAUCACUUCAUCCCAGUCCAGGUUACAUGUCACGUCUGACCUCGCACCCAUAGUCACACCUGCAGGGUACUAUCCUGCUGGACAUUAUCCUGUUAUGUCCCCGACCCAAGUCCCACCUGAGGUAGACCCCAUUGUCUGGUCACAUGGUGACCAUGAUGUAGGACACAUUGACUGUACACCAUACAAGGCAAGACUCAAACCAGACAUCCUCCCGGUCUACCAAAAACAGUACCCCUUGUCACGGGAAAAAAAUCAAAGGUAUCCGCCCUAUGAUCAAACAUUUCCUACACACUUGAGUUUUAGAACAUACUGUCUCUCCCUACUGCACUCCAAUUAAUCCGGUCCCCAAACCCGAUGGUACUGUCUGUUUUGUACCAGACUUGAGAGCCAUCAACAGACUAAUUGUGCCUAUUGCCCCUAUAGUUCCUGAUGUCACUCACCUGUUGUCAUCAAUCCCAGCACAGGCAACUCAUUUUUCUGUCCUCGAUCUGAAGAAUGCUUUCUUCUCGAUCCCAGUGGACAAAGAGACCAGACUCCUUUUUGCUUUUUCCUUUGAGGGACUACAGUUAACCUGGUGUAGAAUGCCCCAGGGGUAUGCUGAUUCACCAGUUGUGUUCAGCAUUGUCCUCCAAGCCUUUAUAAAAUCAUGGCACACCCCCCAGGGUUCUGUUCUCCUCCAAAAUGUUGAUGAUUUGUUACUGUGUAGUUUCUCUGAGGAGGCCUGCCUUGAGGAUGGUGUUGUGAACAGGUUGAAUAUCUGGGUUUUGUUCUGCCAAAAUGGAGUUGAGCAAGUCUAGAGUCCAGUCUGUAGCGGGCCUGGUCACCCCGCACGCCCAGAAGGAAAUGCAAUCUUUCUUGGGUAUGAUAAACUACUGCAGACAGUGGAUUCCCGACUGCUCAUAGAGAUGCAACCCUAUCAGGCAAACCAGAUCUAAUCAAAUGGUCCUCAUAAAUGUACAAAUCUUUUAAUAACGAGUCCAGGGCUAGGUCUCCCAGAUUACAAUUUGCCUUUCCACAUGUAUGCACGAGACAAUUGUAAAACCAUGGCGGGUGUGCUGACACAAUUUCACGGAGGCAAACUGCAUCCUUGUGCUUUUUUCUCAAAGGUGAUGCCCGUCUCCGUACAGGGGAUGCCGGCAUGUCUGCGAGCUCUUUCUGCCUGUGCUAUGAUUGUUGAACAAGCUACCACCCUUACUUUAGGACAUGACACUACCUUGUACACUUCUCAUGAUGUUAUCUCUCUCCUUAAAGGCCUACAUACACAACACAUGUAAACACAACGGCUCUCUGGAUAUGAGGCAAUUUUCCUCAGUAAUCCAUCCUUGAAAAUGGUGUAUGCCUCCCCUACAUCUGGCCCUGCGCACUAGUUGGCCUGAAAAUUCAUGAUGAUGUGAUGCCGGACAUACACGACUGCUUGCAAGUCAUCCACACUGACGCCUCACACAGACCCGACCUCUCUUCAGUGCCCAUACCUGAUGCUCCAGAAGUCUUUGUAGAUGGGUCAUGUACACGCCCCAAUGACAAUGUUUACCAUGCCAGUUAUGCUAUUGUCCAAUUACCUGACAUUGUCCUCAAGGCCCAGUCCAUCCCCUAUAAGUCCGCACAAGCUACAGAACUCAUCGCCCUCACAAGAGCCUGUACACUUUUUGCUAAGAAACCUGUCACCAUUUACAUGCACUUACCCUACCAUCACAAUCAGUCAUCAUUCACUGCAGGACACACACACGUGGGACUGAUCACAUUUCAAAGGGCAAUGCUCUAGCAGACCACACCGCCAAACUGGCUGCUACACAACAACCUGUCUCACUGAUGUUACCAGUUCUUACACCUCCUUCACUCGUAGACACACAACUUCUUCUCUCUCUUCAGUCCUCUGUUCCCAAACAAGAGGAAUAUGAUUGGUGUUAUCCAGUAUUGCAGAAAAAUCCUGUAACAGGAUUGAUCUACAAAGAGGGGAAACCAUGCAUACCCCAACACAGUGCCACAGUUUUAUUGCUCAUUUCCACGGAGUAGGCCACAGGGAGCACCUUUGAGAAGUGGAAACCAGUCCUUCCCAUCAUACUCUCAGAAAUUAGAAAGACCCCCCAUAAGACUUUAAAACUCUCCCCUUUUUGAGAUUCUCAUGGGUAGGCCUUUCCCGACUCCAUGGGCCCAACGACCACUUAUAACAGAAGAAGGGGACCUCGACCAGAUAAGGGAACAAUAUGUCACAGACCUCAUCCAAACCCUUGAUAAAGUAGAACAAAAUGUUGUCUGUAAUUCUCCUUCUCUCCCACAGGAACCAACACACCAGUUCCAGGAAGGCGACACUGUCCUGGUUAAGACUCUGUCGAAAGGAAAGAAGCCCGGAGACUUCACCUUUGGACCCCCAACCACAGUUGUUGCCGUGAAGAGGACGGCGGUUCUCACGGAAGACAGCCCUUCUUGGAUCCACGCCUCUCGGAUCAAACUCGUUCAACAUCACCCAAAGGAGGUAAUAACGGGGGCAGACAGCCCUGACCUUGAAAGCCUACCGAAAGAUGUACCCGCUGAUGCCCUGGCCUUGUUCUGGCAGAUGGUUGAAGAAACUAAGUCUCCUGAUGUUUGCAUUAAUGACUUUAUUGACUUUGAUACACCCCACGGUGACUCUACAGAAUGAAUUAGAGAGACACCCAAACAAUAAGUUCAUGAAACACCAUAUAAUGUUAGCACAAAACCUCACUGCAAAGGAUUGUUGGAUAUGCACCCAUGCCCCUGUGUCUGCCCAAAGCAUGCCCUACUUUGCUAUCCCUGUGCCCUCAUAUGAAUUAUUUCAGGGAGACUGUUUUGACAUGCUUGCUGACAAUGAGACACCAUAUGCAAAGAACUGAAACACCUCAGUGGGUAUUCCUAUAGUAGGAUGGGUGGGGCAGCCAUGGUGGCAGGGAAACUUAAGCAGCCCAGGCCCAGGACCACACCAAAUGUUGGUCUUCAAAGGGGGUUCCUGGGUAACUCGAGUAGUCACACAUAUAUUAGACCUAGGAGAGAUCCCCACGGAAGGGAUAAAAGUUAGUUUUCACAGGACAUCCGCAAGUACUGAUCUUCUUAAGCCCAGCCAGAUAGAAAGGUACUUACAUGACCCAAAAUGGCCAAAUAACACCCUCUUUACUCAGGCUACUCAAGACGUAGACUGCUAUAAUAUAACAGGACACCAACCAUGCAAUGACACGUCAGAAUACCAACUUACUGAUCCAAUAUGUAAUAACCCAGAUGUGGGCUACUGCGGUAGAUUAGGGCAGAUACCUUCCUGGUGUUACUUAACAAAUGCCUCUAGACUCAUUGACAUAGUUAAUAAACUUAUCAAUCAACAUUCCUCUUUCUGGGAGCUCCCACGAGACAUCUAUUGGGUAUGUGGUAGGGAAGCCUACAAGUGGUUGCCGGUAGGGGUCAAAGGCACAUGCACCCUAGCUAGACUUAUCCCCUCCACCUUUGUCAUAUCCAACGACGACAUUGACAUGAGAGCAGCUCCUAAACAUAUGUUAUACCGAAGAGCAGCAGAUAACAAAGAAAGGGAAAACGGUAGGCCACAUGUUGUACAAAUGGGAAUAACCAACAAGCUUUUUAGCACCAUUUUUAUAUAUCCAAUGGUGAUGCAAAUAUGGGAUAAGUUAGUCGAAGCCACUAACUACCUCGAUGACCAAAUAUAUGACAUUUUAGAAAUUACUAAUACCUCUGUGUCCGUGCAAAAUCAACUGAUGAUAGUGACUAACCAACACGCAAUAGUCUUGGACUAUCUCACAGCAGCUCAAGGAGGGAUGUGUCAAAUCAUAGGUCCUACUUGUUGCCAUUACAUAGACACUUCAGGAACAAUUCAGAUGCACCACCAGCUUGAGAACAUACAAAAAUUGAGGGACAAAUAUGCCAAAGACAAUGAAAUCAACAGGGAUAAGUGGUGGGGGGAUACCUUUUCAAUAUUGAAUCCCGCUACCUGGCUCAAGGGCGUAGGAGGAUGGAUAGGGGGCGUUCUGCAGCUCAUAAUACACAUUACUGUCAUUGCCCUUAUAGUAUAUGUAUCAAUAAAACUUAUUUUCUUAUGUAUGAAACGCUGCAAGCCAAGACCUGCUGCAGAUACUAAAAUCCUCCUCUCCACCUCAUCAGACACCCAAGUCCCUCUACUUCACCGUCACUCGGCAGAAGGCUAUACUGCCUACAUAAAGACUUUUCAAAAGAAAAUAGAAAACAAGAAAAACCAAGUUGUCUAAAGUGACAACUGGUUUUAAGAGGGGAUUGAAGGGUACAAGAGUCUUGAUAGAAUAAUACAGAUCUGUAAUGUUGUAUGAUGUGUAUCUUAAUUCUGUAAUCUUGUAUGAUAUAUCUUGAUUCUGCCGUUUGUAACCGCAAGGCUCGUAUCGUACUUCUCGUUUUCUCAACUGCUGAUUCCUAACUGUUGUGCACGUACAUCCUGUUCUUGUGUUCUGCUGACUUGUAACUAUUAAGCAACAUGGUAUAUAUAUAUGAACGUUGGCAAAUAGUAAAACAGAGCGUACUUUGACGGCAUCUUGUGUGCAUG